AUGAGGAUGGAGGGCAGGGAGGAGAUGCAGGGCGCCGUGGGGCUACGCUGUACCUGGGACAUCCCGCCACCCGCUGGCACCCAGGCCAAGUGGGUGAGGCUCAAUGUGGGGGGCACCGUCUUCCUCACCACCAGGCAGACCCUGUGUCGGGAGCAGAAAUCUUUCCUGUGUCGCUUGUGCCAGGGCGAGGAGCUGCAGUCGGACCGGGAUGAAACUGGUGCAUAUCUAAUAGAUCGAGACCCCACUUACUUUGGACCGAUUCUGAAUUUCCUCCGUCAUGGGAAGCUGGUCCUUGAUAAAGAUAUGGCUGAAGAGGGGAUCCUUGAAGAAGCGGAGUUCUAUAACAUUGGUCCUUUGAUCCGAAUAAUCAAGGAUCGAAUGGAGGAGAAGGACUACACAGUGACACAGGUGCCUCCUAAGCAUGUCUACCGCGUGCUGCAGUGCCAGGAAGAGGAGCUUACUCAGAUGGUUUCCACUAUGUCAGAUGGAUGGCGCUUUGAGCAGCUUGUGAACAUUGGCUCAUCCUAUAAUUAUGGGAAUGAGGAUCAGACAGAAUUCCUCUGUGUUGUCUCCAAGGAGUUGUACAACUCCCCCAAUGGCCUGAGUUCUGAGCCCAGCCACAAAGCCAAGCUGUUACAAGCCAGAGAUCUGAGGAUGUGAUCUGAACACUCCACUCCAGCCUUUUCAUUUCUUGUUUAUAUCUUUAUUUUUGUACUGCAGUGUAUGGCAGCCCCUUGUCCCACAGUGAUGCCCCCAGCCCUCUACACUCUUGACAUGCAACCAUUUUUUUUUUACCAACUCACCUCGGAGGCUUGAGCUUCCAGCCCUGGAGGAGGGCAGAUGCUCCAUGGAGCCCCUGAGCUGCUGUAGGAGCGGGAGCCCACGGCCCCCUCCUAUGCCUGGCAGUCUGGCUUUCCUUAAUGUCACAGUGGCCCCUGGUGGGGACAUCAGCGAUCAGCCACUGCAGCCUGCGGUCCCUUCCCGAGCACGCUGGAUGCAGAUAGGGACCGAGGUGGUGGCAGCUGUGGAAGGACCAGCCCUUGCCCUUUCACUGUUGCAGGCAACUAGUGUGGGCUUGUGGCCUGGGGACAAAUGCAGAGCCACCAUCCUUUUCUGGGCCUCCUGUAUCACUCGGAGGUGUCUCUGUGCUGGGUAUUACGUUCCUUGGUGCUUCUCUCCCUGUCCCCCAAAGCAGCUCUGUGCCAGCAGUGUGAGAAGGAGAAUGGUGUGCUGCCUGGGUACCAGGAACAUGCUGGUACCUGAUGUUGUGUCAGCCACCACCAAGCAGAUCCCAGUUUUAGGGAGCGGGG